GCCCUGACUAAUAAAGAGUUUCAGAAAGUGGACUGUGCUCCGGACUGGGCAGAGUAGGAUUUCACUGACUCCUUAUCCAGGGUGAGCUGAGUCAACUGAAAAUGCCUGCUAUUUGGGGCAAGUCAAAGAUUUGAAUUUGAUAUCAGAACAUUAAAACCAUUCCAAACAACGCCCAAAAUAUUGAUUGAAUAUAUUUAUCACAAUUAUAUAUGUGAUAAGGGUAAGAAAUUUUAGCUUAACAGGAAAAUAAACGCUAGUCCGAGCCACAAGACAGCCAUGAUCACCGGUUAUUUCAAGCAGAAUUUCCACACAAUAUGUGAGAUACUUCAAUCUCGGGAUAUACAGUGCUGUCAGAGUGGGCAUUAAUAAUUUUUAUAAACCAGACCAAGUAUUUAAUAUUUACAGAAGGCUGGACCCUCCAAAGUUCCUCUUUAAUUAUUCUCUAAUUAUUUGUACCGGUUUUCGUGAACGUAACUCUUCUUUUAUGUGACAGUAAAGUUGGGUGGCGUAGUAUAUUGUUCUGCAUCAGGAAAUUGCAUUUCUGAUGAUUUUAAUUGUAUAAAUGGUUUAGUAGUUUUAUUUGGCGUGAUAAGUUAAAUUGGGUUGCCGUUAUCAAUGAAUGGUGGUUGGAAUUUUAAUUUCCAUGUGUCCAAAUAGGUAAAGGAAAAAAAGACAUUUCCAGAGGUUCUUUCACAUGAACUUAAAAUGGCAAUAGGGUAAUUGUUCAAAAACGCUACUACGUCAACCCCACCCCAACAUACCCAAGUCAACCCCACCCUACCAAGUCAUGUCCAGAAGCAGCAGUCGGAUGUGGGAGGGCCUUGGAGGGGUGGUGGCCAAUUGUUCCCAGUGUGAAAGCAAGCUGUCCCUGAGCUUGAGUAGCUAGUAGAGCCUCAGAAAUGAAGACAUUGUUAUAUCUCUGAACUGAAGACUCCGGUGGCCAGCACCAGCAAACUGCAGUACAGUCUGUUGUUUUGCAAGCAUAGGGUCAGAAGGAGAACCAUGCCCCCAGGUGCUGCAAGAGCAACAUACAGAAAGAGGGCUGCCAGAAGCCAGGAGGGAGUUACCCAGAGGAGCAGCUGCGCCUUCUCUUUGAAACGCUCAGCACACAGAACUCAAGAGAGGCACAUGACUCCCCAUCUAUCACCAGAGCAAGAAACACCACUGCCUCAAGGUGAGAGGGCAUGAAAACGUACACAGGAUUUUGGAAACAAAUGGAUAUAUCUUGCUGUUGCUAAUGGAUUAAAAGAAAGGACUUUAGACAAAAGUGCAGGUAUUUGAGUUACUGGGCUGUCUUGCAAGACAUAUUGAUGGUUGUGCUGGCAUGAGCACAUCUUUGUCAUUACAAAAAUUGGAGUGAGUGAAAGAGAAAGUGUGGGGAACUUUUCAGCUAGUUUUCCCUUAACGGGGAAAGACAAACGCUCAACUGGACAUGAAGUGAUAUUAACACAUUUGUACUCCAGAAAUGAAGGACACUUUGACCGCUAAUCUUUGCAAUGAUCUUGUACAAGUGAUCGCUUUUGAUAAUCAUCAACACUCCCAUCCCCCAAACCCAUCCCAACUCCUCUCGAAAGAUGUAUAAUAGCACUCUAGAAACUGGUAGCAUCAGUACUCUUAUCGUGAGCCAAACCAACAUGAGCUGCAUUAAGAGUGAUGGCUUUAAGUACAGUCUGUACACCUAUGUCUUCAGCACAGUCUUCAUAAUUGGACUGUUGUCCAACAUGGCUGCUGUUUACAUCUUUCUAUGUACGCUGAAGCUACGCAACGAGACCACCACCUACAUGAUGAACCUGGUUGUGUCGGACCUGCUUUUUGUUCUUAGCCUGCCCUUCAGGAUCUUCUACUUCAUCAAGCGGGACUGGCCCUUUGGCAGGAUGCUAUGCCAGCUUUCAGUCUCGGUCUUUUACACCAAUAUGUACGGCAGCAUACUCUUCCUCACAUGCAUCAGCGUGGACCGUUUCCUGGCCAUUGUCCAUCCAUUUCGAUCACAGACACUGCGGACAAAACGGAACGCCAAACUGGCCUGUUGCGCUGUGUGGGUGUUGGUGCUCUCUGGCAGUCUAGCGACAGGAUUCCUCCUGGACACUACUUCACUGAACAGCGAAAGCUCAGAACCUUCAAUCUACUGCUUUGAGAAUUUCUCCAACAACCAGUGGAAGUCCAGCCUGUCCAAAGUAGUUGUGUUUAUUGAGACGGUAGGAUUCUUGAUUCCAUUGUUACUCAACAUUUUCUGUACAGUCUCUGUCCUACUAACACUACGCCAGCCACAAGCCAUCAGCCGAGGGGGCCAGAUCAACAAAACGAAGAUCCUGAGGAUGAUUGUAGUCCAUAUCCUCAUCUUCUGCUUCUGCUUCAUCCCCUAUAACAUCAACCUGGUGUUCUACGCACUGGUCCGCACCAAGCUGCUGAGGGGCUGCGCUGCAGAGUCCGUGGUGAGGACCAUCUACCCGAUUGCCCUCUGCAUCGCGGUCUCAAACUGCUGCUUUGACCCCAUCAUCUACUAUUUCACCUCUGAGACCAUCCAGAACUCCAUCAAACGAAAGUCAAUGGCGGUUUUCAAAGGCAACACACUGUGCGAUGGGCUUCGGACAGACACUCUGCUGAUCCAGAGCACCAAGCAGAGAAUUCUGAACACUCUGACAGACAAUCAAAUGUUUCGUGAGUCCACUGUGUGACAUCAUGAUAGGCCAGUGCAAUAUGACAUCAACAUUUCAGUGAGUCAACUGUUGGGGCAAAACACUCAGAUUAUCUGAAGUAACAUGGGAUAUGGGAGGUCUGCAGUGGACUCUUAAAGGACCCUGGUAGUAGAGGAACAGGAAGCAAACCCUUUUGUGCCAAACCAUCCUUCCAUUAAGUACUGAGUCAUCAUGUCAACAACAUUGCUGGUCAUGAAGAUAAGCUUGCAGAUCUAGAAAACGAGACCUACAGCUAUGGGUUGGAUUUACAAAACAAAUAUGAGUAUUGUUUCUUCACACAUAUGACAUUGCGACACUGUUGUUCCUCUUUCAACAAUUCUACGAUACCAUUCAGUGUUUCACCAAUGACAAAGGACAGUACUGUAUAUUACAUCAUAAUAAAAAGAAAUACCCCUUUGGACCACCACCACCCAACAGCAAUUGUGCCCUGAAUAAAUAUAAGAAAGCAAAACCAGUUUCUCUUUUGUUGAAUCACCUUGAUGGUGGUAAAUAUGUAUGAUAUUAUCCAGUUGGACCUUUGAACAUAAUAAACGGAAAUGUGUAUAAUACCA